CGCUCCAAGGUCAGGCAACACCGUGUUUAUUAAGGGCUUUGACACCUCUGGUGGAGAGGACCAGAUCCGCACCGCUCUUGAAGAGCAUUUUGGAUCAUGUGGAGAUAUCACCCGGAUUUCAAUUCCAAAGGAUUAUGACACUGGUGUAAGCAAAGGAAUGGCGUACAUGGAUUUCAAGGACCCAGAUUCCUUGAAUAAAGCAUACGAGUUGAAUGGAACCGACCUUGGUGGCUACAGCUUGUAUGUCGAUGAAGCCAAGCCGAGACCUGAUAACAGCGGUGGCUUCAGUGGUGACAGGGGUGGUGGCAGAGGGAGGAGUGGCGGCUUCAGUGGUGGCAGAGGAGGGAGGAGUGACAGGGGGCGUGGUGGUAGCCGUGGGCGUGGAUUUGGAGGCCGUGGUGGAAGGGGUGACAGAGGCCGUGGUGGAAGGGGUACGCCUUUCAGACAGACCGCUGGUACAGCUAGUACAGGAAAGAAGACCACCUUUGGUGAUGACGAUUGAAGAUCCAUGGCUGGCUAUUAUAGUGAAAAACGCAAACUAUAUUGUACCGUUCAGACCUAUUGUUAUCUGAGGCUGUACUGCUUUUUUGCUUGAUAAUUCGACAAUUGUUUUUACCAUUUUUAACAUUUGGUGCUAUCAAAGACAUGACUUUUUAAGUUUUUAUAAUAUGAGUAGCGGCAAGUUC